AUGAUCAUGACUAUAGAAAGAAAUUUUGAUAAUUUGAGAGCUUCUGAAGAUUUUGCUGAAGUUUUUAGGAUGCUGCAAGAUGGUGAAAAGACUGCUAGUGACAUGGAGAAAAAAUUAAAGGCUGUAGAGAAGCACCUCGAUUAUUUAUUGACACAGUUUAGGGAGAAUAAACGUAUAAAUCAGGAUCAAAUAGUGAAUUCGUCAAAUACAAAUUCUAUGAUCAAGGAAUAA